AUGUAUUUAGACUGGCAACAUUUGGAGUGUAUUUCACUUGUCAGUGUGUGUGUGAGUGAUGUCUCCGCCAUUGAAAAUCAUUUUAGCCGAGAAUUGAAAUAGGUUGUACCUUCCAUAAAUCGGCAAAAAUCUUCACAAUCUUUCCUCCUUUGCUUAUUCUGUUUAGUCAUAUUCCGUGCACAAACAUUAUAUCAAAUGGCAGACAGAGACACAGAUGAGUUAAACAUCGAUAACGUAAUAAAAAAAUUAUUAAAAGUGCGGGGCGAGAAGCCUGGCAUGAAUGUUCAGUUGACCGAAAUAGAAAUCAAAGGGCUAUGCUUGAAAUCGCGGGAAAUAUUCUUGUCACAGCCAAUAUUACUUGAAUUGGAGGCCCCGUUAAAAAUAUGCGGUGACAUUCACGGCCAAUACUACGACCUGCUAAGGUUGUUCGAAUACGGCGGCUUCCCUCCGGAGUCGAACUACCUUUUCCUCGGUGACUACGUGGACCGCGGCAAGCAGUCCCUCGAGACCAUAUGCCUCCUGCUGGCUUACAAGAUCAAAUACCCAGAGAACUUCUUCCUUUUACGCGGCAACCACGAGUGUGCCAGCAUUAAUAGGAUUUAUGGGUGAGUCUUAUUUAUAUAAAACAUAGA